GAUUCGGAAUUGCACUGCUUGACAGCAGAUAGUGACUAAUCGGUGUAGACAGGUGUAGAAGAGUAUUAGUUGGUGUCUUUUAAAAGACAAAAAUAUAGUUGUUCCGAUAAAAAUUUAAACUAUUGAUGAGUUUUCAAUGACUUAAAGAAUGCUGCGUCGUAUGAAAUUAAUUUUGUGUUUCUGCGUUAUUUUAUGCGCAUUAGACAAUAAAGCUGAUGACAGUCAAGUUUCAUUAACCAAACUUGGUACAAAAACGGGACCGACGUUAAAAUUCUUCUAUUGUUAUUCAUGUGGAUAUAGAAAAGUUUUUGACGAUUAUGUCAAUAUUCUUAUGCAAAAGUAUCCAGAAUUACAAAUUGUUGGAGAAAAUUAUAUUCCCUCUCAUAAUAAGAUGCUCAUUGCUAAAUUAUUGAGUUUUGCAAAAGUUUCACUGAUAAUUUUAAUACUAAGUGGGCUUGAUUUAGGACAACCACCAACAUCACUGUGGCAAUGGUGUCUAGAUAAUCGGUUUUAUUCCUGUAUAAUGAUAUUUUUUAUUUUUAAUGCCAUAGAAGGACAUUUCAUAUCAUCAGGAGCUUUUGAAAUACAUUUUAAUGAUGUUCCAGUGUGGUCUAAACUGGAAACUGGUAGAAUACCACAACCAUUAGAACUAUUUCAAAUAAUAGAUAAUCAUUUAAACAUGCGAUAUGCAGAUAUAGAUAUAGAAUAGAUUAAUUUUAAUAAGAAAUCCAAUGUGGCAUUUUUUUAUUUGUACCAAAUGUUAAGUAACUGUGGUUAUGGAACUUUCAUUGCUGCAACUCUAUAAUUGUUAAGAACAAUUACCAUCGUUCGCGUACCUUAUAUAUGUAUUUUCUUAUAUAUAGCUUGCUAUCUCAGUUUAGAUGAGACAGUAUAUUUAAAACAGAUAGAGUUUGCAUGAGGGAAGCAGAAAUAAAACCUUAUAAUAUUGCUCAAAA